AUGACGGAUGUAAAUUAUGACGCUAUAAGAGCUCUCCUGCAGUCCAAAAGCAUCCUCACAACGUGCACAUCAGUGGCGACGAAGAACAGUCAUAACAAGUGGGACCCUCUGAACGACGGAUUCCAGGAAUUCUGCGCACACUGGUAUGGCCGCACCUUCGAGUUCGACCAGAAGCCGCCCUAUACAUUAGACCUUGGGCUGGAAAGUACUCAUGGAAAUGAGCCAGUAAUUUGUUUGUACGAAGCCUUUUAUACGGAUUUUGGAGGGGGCGAGAUACUUGUUACCGAGGAAUACAUCAAUAUGUACUAUCAGAUCUUGGAUCGCGCGACUGGUUCGAGCUAUGGUAGAGGAGUGCUGAUCACAGGGCAGCCCGGCGUCGGAAAAAGCAUGUUCGAAAAAUUCAUGCUCGCACGACUCCUCUCAGAGCGACAGGUCGUGCUAUAUCUCUUGGAGAGCCGAUCCGAGGCGUACCUCUUCUACCACAAUUAA